AUGGAUUCCAUCUGUCAACCUCUUGGUAAAGGUGACGCCAAUGUCGUUAGCAACAGGCAGCAAUAUAUCUUGGCACUCCGAACUCUGGUCGUAGAGUCCUUACUGCAGGACGCAUGUGACUUGGCUGGCUUUGCCACAGUGUCUCGAGAAUGGAAGUCCAUCAUUGAGCCGCACAAUUUCGCCCGAAUCAAGCUGACACCCUCACGGCUCGCCGGUUUUGAGUCGAUUGCUCAUCGCCAUCGGGCUCGUGUCCGCUACAUCUGGUUUUGCCUCAAACUCCUGGAAUAUGAUUGCAUUGAGUGUGUUCCCAGUAUCAGAGAUAUGGAAGGGCUCGGUAACAGCGACAAUGUUCAGAUUACCACAGCAUUCCAGCCUCUAUUCUCAACUCUCAGCACAUGGGAGCCACACGGAACCUUGCUGCUCGAUACCAGUCUUCACUCCCCAGCGACUCGGAGCACUGGUUCAAAUAUCUGA